GGAUAUACGCCUGAAUAUUUAUAGCUAAAAAAAAUUUCCAGCAGGGACAAUGUUUCUACAAAGUUUUGCGGCUUUUAUGACCAUCUUGGUCGUUAUUCUUGCAACCUCGUCGACCCAAGCAAAUCCUUUGCCCAGAGACAAAGAACUUGAUCUGCAUAAAAAGAAGGGCGAAAUCUUUCACAGGAUUCCAACGGUGGACAACAAGAAAGAGGAAAAGUCAUCGAACGGAGAAGGGGAUUCAAUCAACUCCCAUAAUGUUAUCAUUGUUAACUUGAAGAAUGUAAAUAUAACAUUCGGAGGAGAUGUCGUGAUACGUCCGCAAGGGAUAAAAAUGGAACAGGCUCAUCGUCAUAAAGGGAAUUCCAGUAUUCACCGAGGUAGACAUGACUGGAAAAGACCGAAAAUUCCACAUCAUCUGGACACUGAACUUCUUCUACUAAAUAGUCAACGGGGUGCGCAGCCAACCGGUGCUAAGCCCGACAAAGGUAAACACAGUCGAGCAAGAUCGUUCCAGAAACAAUCUGCAAGAGACGGCGAGAAAGAUGGAAAAAUCUAUUGAUGUAAUCUCUCCCUCA